AUGGAUAGGGUGAUUCAUGUCAGCGUCUUUCUCCUCUACCUCCUGUGUCUGAUGGGCAAUGGGCUCAUCAUUACGAUGGUAACCAGGGAUUGCCAUCUCCAAAAGCCCAUGUAUUUCUUCCUUAGCAACCUUUCUUUCAAGGAUAUUGGGCACACCACAACUUUUAUGCCCAAGCUGCUGUUCAAUUAUGCCUCGUCUAACAAUUCCAUCUGUUUCUAUUGCUGUUUACUGCAAUUAUUCUUCUAUUUCCUGUUUGGAGUCACCGAAUUUUUCAUCAUCACUUUGAUAUCAUUGGAUAGAUACUUAGCCAUUUGCCAUCCUUUGAGACACUCCGCUAUCAUGACUUCGGGGGUCUGCCUUAAGCUGUCAAUAUCAGCCUGGUUUGGCGGAUUCUUCUCCAUAAUUUUCCAGGUAGUGAUGAUUGCAAACUUGCCCUACUGCACUUCCAACAUUAUCAAUCAUUUCUAUUGUGAUGUUGGACCCGUGUUGAAGAUUGCAGGAGGGGAUUCCCGCCUUAUUGAAGUCCUUGGCUUCCUCCUUGUUGUGGUUUUGAUUAUGUCCUCCCUGUUUUUCACCCGAAAGUCUUACCUCUUCAUCCUCUGCACCAUUCUUCGAAUGCCUUCAACCUCCAGACAGCAGAAGGCCUUUUCCACGUGUGCUUCCCAUCUGGUUGUGGUCAGCAUUCUGUAUGGGUCAGUCUUUUUUGUCUACUUAAGACCUACUGUCAAAAACUCUUCCUUCGAUACGAUGAAGUCUGUCUCGAUAUUGUACACUAUAAUCACCCCCGUAUUCAAUCCUUUCAUCUACACUAUCAGGAACAACGAAGUGAAGGAUUCUGUACGCCGAAUGCUAGGAAGAAAAAUUCCAGAUCCCUGA